AUGACAAGAAUAACAGUGGAUCUUUCAAAGAACAGAUUUACUGAAAUUCCUUCUGAUGUCUGGCUGUUUGCACCACUGGAGACUUUAAAUUUGUAUCACAACUGCAUCAAAUCCAUUCCAGAAUCUAUUAAAAACCUACAGAUGCUUACCUACCUGAACAUUAGUCGAAAUCUUUUAUCAACGUUGCCAAAAUACCUGUUUGAUCUUCCACUUAAAGUUCUGGUUGUUAGUAAUAAUAAGCUGGUCUCCAUUCCAGAAGAAAUUGGAAAGUUGAGAGAUCUAAUGGAGUUGGAUAUCAGCUGCAAUGAACUUCAGGUUCUUCCCCAGCAGAUAGGAAAAUUGCAGUCACUUAGAGAAUUAAACAUAAGAAGAAAUAAUCUCCAUAUGUUGCCAGAUGAAUUAGGAGACCUUCCCUUGGUAAAGCUGGAUUUUUCUUGUAAUAAAAUCACAGAAAUUCCAAUUUGUUACAGGAAGUUGCGUCACUUACAAGUUAUAGUUUUGGAUAACAAUCCAAUGCAGAUACCACCAGCCCAGAUAUGUCUAAAGGGUAAAGUACAUAUAUUUAAAUUCCUCAGCAUUCAGGCGUGCCUCAGAAUAGAUAAGAAACCAGAUUCUUUGGAUCUUCAGUCAUUAGGUAAACGAAUCCCCUCCCAGCCACUCACAGACAGCAUUGAAGACUUUUAUCCCAAUAAAAAUCAUGGACCAGACUCUGGCAUCGGGAGUGAUAAUGGAGAUAAAAGGUUGUCCACAACAGAACCAUCUGAUGAUGAUACAAUCAGCCUUCACUCCCAGGUAUCAGAAUCAACAAGGGAACAGACAUUAAGGAAUGACAAUCAAGUAACGGGAAGUAAACUUGACCCACAGAAAGACCAGGAGGUGUAUGACUACAUUGAUCCAAAUGCAGAAGAGGGAGCUGUUCCUGAGCAAGGAGACACACAGAUUGGACCAUUGCUGUCCUAUAUCAAGGAACGGGCAAAACAUCCUGAGAAAUCCCAGAAAAUAGAACUGAAUGAGGACUGGGCAGAUGAAAAGAGACUUCAGAAGAAACAGCUGCUGGCAGAAGAUGAUGAUGAGCUCAAAGAAGUGACUGACUUGAGAAAAAUAGCAGCUCAAUUACUGCAGCAAGAACAAAAACACAGGCUUCUUAAUAAUUCUGUUUCCGCAAGCACAAGGAACAGGCCAAAGCAACCAAUGGAAUCUGAAAAAUGUAUCUCAACAGAAGACGUAAAUUCCUCUAUGUCCACAUACAGCUGGCAGCCAGUGGAAAACCAGAAGGAUUCAUUGGAUGAGCAGCACUGGCCAGAAACACAGCCACUGAUUUGGCAGAAUGAAGAAAGAAGGAGGAGUAAACAAAUUAGAAAAGAGUAUUUCAAGUAUAAGUCUUCCAGGAAGAGUUCAAGUGGAAAUGAAAAUGAUGAGCAAGACAGUGAUAAUACUAAUGUGUCUCCACAGUCUCCUGUGUCAUCUGAGGAUUAUGAAAGGACAGAUAGUAACACUCAUGGUCCAUUUGGUCUCAAACCAAGGUCAGCUUUCAGCCGUGCAUCUCGCCAGGACUAUGGUGCAGUGGAUCCUGGAUUCACAAUGAGGAGGAAAAUGGAGCAUUUAAGGGAAGAAAGAGAACAAAUAAGACAGCUUCGCAAUAAUCUUGAAUCAAGGUUAAAAGUGAUUUUGCCAGACGACAUUGGAGCAGCACUGAUGGAUGGAGUAGUUCUUUGCCAUUUGGCCAAUCACAUAAGGCCACGUUCUGUAGCCAGCAUCCAUGUCCCAUCACCAGCAGUGCCUAAACUCAGUAUGGCAAAGUGCCGAAGAAAUGUUGAAAACUUUCUGGAUGCUUGUAAAAAAUUGGGUGUUCCACAGGAGAGACUUUGCUUGCCUCACCACAUUCUGGAGGAAAGGGGUCUGGUGAAGGUUGGCCUCACAGUUCAAGCCCUGCUUGAGUUGCCAGCGUUGAAAGUAUCUCAGCUUUCUUCCAUGUGA